AGCAGAGAGAGAGAAAGUGAAUGAAAGAGAAUACCAGCACUGCUCCCCUUGGAAGAUCGGUACUGCAUCUGGGUGCCACGGAAAGACUUUGAGAAUGGAGAUGUGGCUGUUUAUUGUAACGCUAUGUCUGACGCAAGGAACUGGCAGUUCCAAAGUUAACGAAGGAAAAUGUCACGUGAAUCCUGAACAGUUUAUGACUAUUAGUGAGAUGAUCAGUUCCAAAGGAUACCCCAGUGAGGACUACGAAGUUCUGACAGAUGAUGGCUAUUACCUUGGCCUGAACAGAAUCCCUCAUGGUAGAGAGAAUCCGGAGAGCACAGGUCCCAGGCCUGCUGUGUUGUUGCAGCAUGGCUUGGUUUUAGAUGGUAGCAAUUGGGUUGCUAAUCUUCCUCAUAACAGCCUGGGCUUCAUGCUAGCAGAUGCUGGCUAUGAUGUUUGGCUGGGAAACAGCAGAGGCAACAGCUGGUCUCGAAGGCACCAGAACCUUUCUGUUGAUCAAGAGGCAUUUUGGGAUUUCAGUUUUCAUGAAAUGGCCAUCUAUGAUCUUCCAGCCAUUAUUAACUUUAUUCUGCACAAGACUGGACAGGAGAAAAUAUUUUAUGGUGGCCAUUCUCAGGGCAGUGUUAUAGGUUUCAUAGCAUUUUCAAUGAUGCCACAGCUGGCUCAAAAAGUCAAAAUGCUUUUUGUGUUGGGUCCUGCAUACACAUUGCGCUACAGCAAAAGUCUUUUAUUACACCUCUUAAGACUUCCUGAUGUGAUGCUGAAGCUAAUAUUUGGCAAGAAAGAACUGUGUCUACUGAAUAAGAGGUUGAGAGCAUUUACUGCCAAGAUGUGCAGCAGUCCUUUAAUAGACAGACUUUGUGCCCAAUUCCUUUUCCUGAAUGGUGGAUUUAAUAAGAAGAAUUUAAACGUGAGCCGGACAGAUGUGUACAUGUCAAAGUUUCCAGACUAUACAUCUGUAAAAAAUAUUCUUCACUGGGGUCAGAACAAAAAAACAGGAGAAUUCAAAUACUUUGACUAUGGCUGUAAGAACAAGGAGAAAUACAACCAGACCACCCCUCCGUUCUACAAGGUGGAAGAUAUGACUGUGCCUACGGCGCUGUGGAGUGGUGGCCAGGACUGGGUUUGCCCCCGCGAGGACCUCUCCCUUCUUCUACCUCGAAUUACCAAUUUAGUUCACUACAAGAAUUUUCCUGAUUGGGACCACUGGGACUUCAUUUGGGGAUUGGAUGCAGCUCAGUGCAUGUAUAGUGAAGUCCUUUAUCUGAUGGAGAGGUAUCGGUGA